GCUAGUAUCAGAUUUUGUUACAUAAAGUAUCAUAUAGUGACGGCAAGCGUAGUCCCAACUGUUACCUGAUGACGUAGACAAAUCGUCCUGGAACGAGCAACAAUCCAGUACGGGCAAUGUUUUGCUGUUUUGUUUCUGUACUGCACUCACACUAACGAUAACAUAAAACCAUGGCAACUUGCAUUGGGCAAUGGUUCAGUUUGCACUUUGCACCUCGUGGUCUCCGUCCCCUGCCGGCGAGAGCCGGCGAGAGUUUACUCCCAGGUCAACAGCCUGCCGGGAAAAGAAAUGGCCGGCGGCUCUGAAGACGACCGCGCCGGGCGCCGGACGCCGCCACUUCCGUGGACGGUGCGCGUGCAGCUGGCCGCGCUCGCGCUCGCGCACCGCCCGGACGGCAGCAUCCGGCGCCUCCUCGUCUCCCUCGGCGACCUCAAGUCGGGCGCCAGCCCGCGCCCGGACGCCUCCGGGGUGCGCUCCGCCGACGUCACCAUCGACGCGUCCCGCGGCCUCUGGGCGCGCGUCUUCUCCCCGUCGUCGUUGGCUGAUGCGGCCGCGGACGCGCCGGUCCCCGUCGUCGUCUACUUCCACGGCGGCGGGUUCGUGCUCUUCUCCGCGGCGUCCCGCCCCUACGACGCGCUAUGCCGCCGCCUCUGCAGCGAGCUCCGCGCCGUCGUCGUGUCCGUCAACUACCGCCUCGCCCCUGAGCACCGCUUCCCCGCCGCGUACGACGACGGCGUCGACGCGCUCCGCUACCUCGACGCCAACGCCCUGCCGGCCGACGCGGUCGCCGUGCCCGUCGACCUCUCCAGCUGCUUCCUGGCCGGCGACAGCGCGGGCGGCAACAUCGCGCACCACGUGGCGCAGCGCUGGGCGUCCGUGUCCGCGACGUCGCCCCUCCGCGUCGCCGGCGCCGUCCUGAUCCAGCCCUUCUUCGGCGGGGAGGAGCGGACGGACGCCGAGGUCGCGCUCGACAGGGUGUCCGCGCUGUCGGUGGCGGGGACGGACCACUACUGGCGGGAGUUCCUGCCGGAGGGCGCGACACGGGACCACGAGGCGGCGCGCGUGUGCGGCGACGGCGUCGAGCUCGCCGAGGCGUUCCCGCCCGCAAUGGUCGUGAUCGGCGGGUUCGACCUGCUCAAGGACUGGCAGGCGAGGUACGUGGAGGCGCUGCGCCGGAAGGGGAAGCCAGUGCGGGUGCUCGAGUACCCGGACGCCGUCCACGGCUUCCACGCGUUCCCGGAGCUCGCCGACUCCGACAAGCUCGUGGAGGAGAUGAAGCUGUUCGUCAAGGAGCAUAGGUCCAAACGUGCCGUGUAGAUACGGUCCUGGUUUGGAGAUGGGAGAUUACGUUUGUGGUGUUCCCUGUUCGCCGUUCUUGCUGUUUACGCGCACCGUGCGGUGUGUGGAAUUGUGGAAUAAAGCCAGCCAACAGGUGUUGUACUA